AGCUGCAGCGGCGGCGGCGGGAGCCUGAACGAAACAACGCCGUCCCCUCCGGCGGGUGACUGACCGAAAGCCCAGCAGGUAGUCACGGUAUGGAUGCACGGACCCUGAGUGAAGCCGCAUUCCCCAGAUGGCGGAGUGAGUGAGGAUGCGCCUCCCCAGUUCCAUCUUUGUGUCGGUGUCUCUGUUCACGGCCGAGACCACAGCAGCGCUUUACCUCAGUUCCACGUACCGCUCAGCUGGAGACCAAAUCUGGCAGGGACUCACGCUCCUCUUCACGCUAGUACCGUCCGUGCUCGUGCAGCUGACCCUCACCUUCAUCCACCGGGACCUCAGCAGAGACAGACCGCUCAUCCUGCUGCUGCACAUCCUGCAGCUUGGACCCAUCGUCAGGUGUCUGGAGGCGUUCUGUAUUUAUGGCAGUGUGGGCCAUGUGGAGGAGCCGUAUGUCAGCAUCACCAGGAAGAAGCAGAUGCCUCGCGGGGGUCAGUCUGAGGAGGUGGAGCGGCAGGUGGGGCAGGCGGAGGGAAAACUGUUUACACACCGAGCAGCCUUCGCCCGCACCUCUGUCAUUCAGGCCUUCCUGGGAUCGGCCCCCCAGCUCACCUUGCAGCUCUACAUCUGCGCCCUGCAGCAGGGAGUGUCCAUCGGAAGAGGCACACUGAUGGUGAUCUCCCUCCUGUCCAUCGUGUACGGAGCGCUGCGCUGCAACAUCCUGGCCAUUAAGAUCAAAUAUGAUGACUAUGAAGUGGACGUCCGACCCAUGGCUUAUCUGUGCAUUUUCCUGUGGAGGAGCUUUGAGAUCGCCACUCGUGUGGUGGUUCUGGUUCUGUUCAGCUCUGUGCUGCAGCUCUGGGUCCUGCCUGUGGUUCUGCUCAACUUCCUGGUUUUCUUCUUCUACCCGUGGAUCCUGUUCUGGCAGAGCCACUCUCCGUUCCCUGAGAAUAUAGAAAAAACUCUGACCAGGGUGGGAACCACCAUCGUGCUUUGCUUGCUCACCUUCCUCUACGCUGGCAUCAACAUGUUCUGCUGGUCGGCUGUGCAGGUGAAACUCAACGACCCGGACCUUAUUAAUAAGUCCCAGAACUGGUAUCGCAUGGCCGUGUACUACAUGUUGCGUUUUGUGGAGAACGCUUCGCUGCUUCUGCUGUGGUACAUCUAUAAAACGGACUUCUACAAUUUUAUCUGUGCCCCGCUGCUGGUGCUGCUGCUGCUGCUUGCCUACGCCAUCGCCAUCUUCUUCAUGCUGGUCUUCUACCAAUUCUGUCACCCAUGUCGGAGGCUGUUCUCCUCCAGCAUGACCCAGGGCCUUUGGACCUGCUCCUCACUGCUCUGUCUCACGUGCAACUCUGCUUCACCACAGAACAGGCCGAUGGGAAAGUCACCCAGCCCCGCCAUACACACAGAGCCAGCUAAUGACGGAGCCCACGACUCAUCCAGCGACACCACAGACGACAUGGCUAACGAAACAACGUAUGACAUGCUCAAUGAUACAAUCUAUGACACUCCUAAUGAAAUGAGCAAUAAUAAAUGUGGUGGAAUCAAUGGAGACAUUAACCACAGCGUAUCCUGCAAUGCUUAAAGCAUCACAACUGUAUGACGUGCCAUCCAGAGAGACGGGUGGUUAUCAUACCCUCUGUAACCUUUUAAGUGCCACGUGAAUCCCUUCGUCGAGUUGAGUUUACACUUUGAAUCCUUUCAUAUAUCCAUCUCAACUCUGUUUUCUACAACUAUCUACUACAUCAAGCAAAUGUGUUCCUAACUAGAGCUGUAUUCUGACUGCAAACAUGCAGUGUGUGUGUGGAAGAAGCAGAGGUGGUGCUCAUACAGCCAAACCAGUCAUCCUGCAGCCUUUACUACAAAUAAAAACAACACCAUUAUACUUCUUUCGUUUUGGAGACUGUGUCCACUUAUAUGCUGCAUUACUGAUCACAGGGCGCCAUGCAUUUGAAUUGAUUGUAUUUAGUAUCUCUGUUUGGCAUGGAGGUGUGCAUGUGUGGAGCCUCAGAUGAGGAGGGGGGGGGGGGUCUGUUUUGUACAGGUUUUUUUGUGAAACCCCCCUCUAGUUUUAUGGCUGCAAGCAAUCAGCUUUUUUACUCCUCUUUAAGAGCUUUAUCAUUAAUACAUGCUGCUUCUGUGAUGUAUUUGUGCUUGACGAUGAGAUGUGACUCUCCACACAUUGUUUAAAGAGCCCAUUCAAUCACUAAACACGUUAACCGUAAAGCACUGACGUCUCCAAGCGUAAUGUUUUUUGCACGUUUAUAAAAAGAAUUCAAGUGGCUUUGGUUCAACUGUUGAGCAGCUACAGCUGCUGUGAUGUGAAAUGCUUUGUUUGGAUGCAUUUGCAUUUUUUUAAUUCAAGCUUGUGUCAUCUGUCAGCUCUGUGUCUGUGAGUCUAAUUAGUUAGAAUAUUUACACCAAGUGCACACAAAAAUAAUUAUAUCCAAUUGAAACACGUUUGGAAUUGUAAUCACUCUUUUGCUUAUUUUCAAUCUUUAAUGUAUAUUUGUGUGUAAGAGAGAGAAGGUCAAAGUUGUUUGUUUUUGCACCUGCUCCUUUUUUUGCAAUGUAUCUGCAGGAGGACGACAACCUCAGAUAUCAAAAGAAUUCUCCUAAUGUUUGUACAAAUAAGAUGAGCCAAAAAAAUACGAAAAGUCUAUUGUACACAUGGAGCAUUCUCAUAAAGAGCAAGAUAAAGCAUUACAAAUUAAAUCCUACUUAAUCUAAAUAAAUUUAUAUUUAUAUGUGAAA